CCAAAUCACCUACAAAGGCAUUUCUGUAAAUAUGGAGACCCAAUCCAAAAAGGCAUGUAGUACGGAGGGAGUGUAGAAGUGCUCGGAACCUUCCUCUUUUCGUCUUCAUCUUCUACCUUUCUUCCCGUUAAAUUUAUCUUCAAUAGUACACAAUAAUUGAACUGUUUCCUCAAUUCAAUUCAGCACUCAUUUCCAAACCCACAGAAAUUAAAAGCAAAUUCAGAGAAACACAUGAAAUGAAAGAUCAAUUACCUUGUAACCAUGAAGAAGAGGAGGACUACUACGAAUCCUCUCCAAUGUCCUCACAUUGUUGGUGGAGAUCGGCGUCAAAGUUCGACGAAUGUGCAAAAUUCAAGCUGGAAUUACCAAACCUCUCGAAAGUAACUCCCAGACUCAAAGUUCUGAGGGAAUUGGAGAGGUUGGCAUUGGUUGCCUCAGAAGGAGUCGACGAGCUUCGACACAAGCUUUUCACGUACCGUUGUGGGGAUUUCUGGGUUCCCAACGGUGGGCUUAAGAGGGAAGAGAUGGACAUUCCUUCGAUUAACACCAUUUUACUUGUGGGUUUUCAUAAUUCGGGGAAGAGCUCGCUUGUCAACCUUAUGUACAGUGUUUUAGGACGGUCUGGUCUCAUACCCUUCGCCCAAACCUCUUCAGGAAGUGCUCUUAAUCACACAGCUUUGUUAAUGGAAGAACACAAUGUGUUAAGGUCAAUGCGAAGCGGGUUCUGCGUGUAUGAUACAAGAGGGUUUGAUUACGAUCGGGUGCUUGAGUGUGUUGAAGAAUUGUCAGAAUGGGUGACUGAGGGAGUUCAUCAUAAGCAGCACUGCUUGAGACCAGGAGACAAUGAUGUUUUAACAGAAGAAGAUUGGGAGACUCCUCUGCUCAAUUCAUUUUCAAAAUUUGCAAGGAGAAGAGUCAAUUGUGUGAUGGUGGUGGCUAAUGCUUCAGAGAUCUAUAAAGCCCUGAAAGCGGGCGAUAGAAAGCCGUUGGAGGCCACGAAAUCACUCUUCUGCUCACCAGCAUUAAGGAAAUGCAAUGAAAACCCCAUCUUGAUCUUGACACAUGGUGACAAGUUACCAACAGAAGACAGAAUAGAUUGCCGCCUGAAAAUUUGUGAAUACUUGGGUGUAUCAGAGACUACUGGAGUAUAUGAUAUUGUUUGCCUUACAGAGUACGGAUUUCUUGCCGAUGAAUUUGAUCCUGUUACAGCUUACGCUCUCACCGAAGCAGUUUAUAGGGCAUUGCUCAUCUCAGACAGGAGCCACCUUCCCAAGAAGAACCUCCAAGAUUGGGCUGUGCUAUCUUUGUCCUGGUUUUUGUGUUUUCUUGGUGCUUUCUUUGCUUUUCUUGCACAUUUUUUCUCCAAACUUGGGCAGAGGCAUAAUAAACUGACAUUGUAAAGAUCUUUAUAUGGGAAUUGAGUAUUAGUGGUUGUUUUGUGUAUACAAAUGUGCUGUAGGCAUGUCAACUUGCAGUCGCAGCUUUAGAAAUAUGGGUUAAAAUAGUCAUUCAAAAACUUUAAUAGAA